AUGCAAUCGACCAGCCCAGAAGAAUCGGCCUUUGAACCGCCUCCCCAGACCUUUUCCACUCCAGGGGACAGGCAAUAUUCGUUACCCAAGGAAGUGACCAUGUCGGCUCAAUCUAGCAUUGCGGCUUCGGACUGGGGACAUUCUUACCCAUCAAUCUUCCAACUCAACUUGGAAAUCCCCGCCUUUUUCAUGCCUUAUCGCUGGUGGGAAGACGAGGCGACAACUGUGUUCUGGGCGUUCGAUAUCCAAGGAAUUAGCCGUGUGAUCCAAUUCGGGCUCUUUCGCGACGAAAACUUCCCGAGGACCUCGCUUUGCGCUCGAAAUGUGGACACAAUUGACACCUUCUUGAUGGCACUGUCUGAGCCGCACGAGUACCAGCUCCUUGGGAACCUCUCUCAUAUACAGAGGGUGGAGGAGAUCCUACGCCGGUCGAGUAUAUCUCCUUUCCAGGCGAUUCCUUGGAGUUGGCUCCCGCCGCAGCCGAGCUCUACUCAAGAUGCGCGGGAAAUCGCUGCCGCAAUUGAGGCCGAGAGCCAUUUCCACUUUAGGCAGGUUGCCUUCGAAGAGCUUGUACGGGCUGCCCUCGGAUACAAUGCUAUCUUUGUCGAGUGGUUCCUACAGCAGCAUGAGGCUCUUUAUAUUAUUCUCCGGGAUCAUCUGGGCGCCUAUCCGGAGUGCAUUCCUCUGUACACAGAAGUGGAAAAGCAUCUUCGGUCACGGAGUCCAUUCGCACAUCGAGCGUUGGUCCAGUGCCUUAUGGCUGUGCGACCUAGGGGAAAUCGUGACGUGACUAAACCCACCGCUGGGUUCGAAUUCAUCGCAGGCCCUAUUCAGGCCCUAUUCAAGGAGCAGCCAGGAAGGCUUAUUGCUAUGCUUAAGAUGUUAAGUGUCUUGACAAUCCGAUUUCGCCGAAAGUAUGUCCAUGCUCCUACUAUGGAUUGGAGGACUCCAUUUGAUACCUCUAUUCCUUUUCUGGACGAUUAUCUCGAGUCGACAUCUCCAACGGACUUGGCCCGCAGCAUGAGAGGCCUGGACGAGCACCACUUUGCCGAGUUAACCCGGCAAACAGAGGAUGCAGUCGUGGGGCAAUUGAAGGUUCAGUGGCGCGAACUCAGCGUUUCUGUCUGGGAAUGCUGCGCUGCACUUCCAGACCUGAUCCCAUAUCUACAAGAAUGUGCACAGACGCUCUUAACAACACGGAAUUAUCAUUCUUUCACGGCUAUUAUCAAAGGCCUGCACACCUACAGCAUCUUAAAAACGCGCCCUGGCAACACAGGCACCCAAGGAAACGUGAUCACCCUCGACACUCUGUUUCCGCAGGAAAUCCUUUCCCUCAUGAGCCCAGCUCAGAACUUUGCCGCCUAUCGCCAGCACUACCAAAAAUUCCCCGGCAUUCCUUUCCUGAUCCCUCACCUCCGUGAUCACAAAGAAAACGGCGAAGCCGUUCUUCAGCCAGUUUUCCAGUAUCUGCAAAGCACCCAAUAA